UGGUAGUUCAACAAGUGUCGCAUAUGGUUGGAUUUCGAAACAGACUGAGCUGCUUUUAAUAAAUGAGCGUUUGGUAGGGAGCUGCAGCAAAUACUAAUGGCGGCCAGCAACUGCCAGGGGUCUGGACAUGGUGAGACAGGAGACAGGUUGAGGGUCAACAUCAACGGCAGUAUUUUCAGCGUGGACAGAACUGUCAUGGCAGACAACUGUGAGUACUUCAGAGCGUUGUUUCAGUCUGGAAUGAGAGAAUGCCAGCAGGAGGAGUUACAGCUGCGAAGCGUUGGCAUUCAGGGGUUCCUGGUGCUGCUGCGGGUGCUGCAGGGGGAGCGGCCCAUGCUCAACAGUGACCAGAUUGUGGAAUCUAUUGAGUGCACGGCUUUUCUCCAGGUACCAGCUCUCACCAAACACAUGAUGAACAUCGUCAGCUCUGAAAACUGUUUGCUUAUGUAUCACACAGCUGCUGUCUAUGGGGUGUGGGAGUUGUCCCAUCACUCAGCCUUAUUCAUCAGGGACAUGUAUGCUGAUCUAAAGGAGGACGUACACAUCUUACCCAGCCAGAUGGUGGAGUAUGUGGAGUCUUUUUCCCCGAGCAGCUACAUGGCCGUAUGCAGCCACUCUCCAUCCUCAAAGCUGCUGCAUGAUGUCCAGAGAACGGUUUGCUAUCUGGACGAGGAACACAGGAAGUGGAGGACCCUCACUCAGCUGCCACUGAGCACCAGCACCACCAUGGCAGGGGUGGCUGUCCUUGACAACAAACUGUACAUCAUUGGAGGAGUGCAUGAUGUCAGUAAGAGGGUUGUGGAGGCCGGGUUCUGCUACAACCCUGCAGAGGACACUUGGUCCACAGUCUGUGGUCCCCAGCAGCUACGCUAUAGCUUCACACUGAUUGGUCAUGAGGGAUGUCUCUAUGCCUUAGGGGGGAAGUUCAACAUGAAGGAUCUGUCAUCAGUGGAGAGACUUCGGACAUCUGAGGGGAGCUGGGGCUUCGUCUCGGCCCUGCCCUGUCAGGCAGCGUCCGUGGUGUCGGCUGUAGCCAUGAACAGGAUCUUCAUCUGUCUCUGGAGAGGAAAGGGGGCCACGGAUGUCCACGAGUACGUCCCAGAGGAUGACCGCUGGCUUUUGGUCACAACGCUCAUCCGCCAGCAGAGCUAUGGACUUUACAUGGUGGGCCACAGGGAUAAUCUGUACAUGAUGCGGAAUGGACCAGGUGAAGACUUCUUGCUUUGCGUGAUGGACUGCUACAACCUGACCUCAGGUCAGUGGACGGCCGUGUCUGGUCACUAUAGCAACAGCAAAGGCUCUCUGUUUACUGCUGUGGUCAGGGGCGAUUCAGUGUUCACCCUUAGUAGACAUGUUACCACUGAGUACUCGGUGGAGAACACGCAGUGGAGGCGAAAGCAUGAGAUGGAAGGUUUUGGUCGGGUUGGAUCCAUCUACACAUUCCAGAUGAGGCUCCCUAAACACACCGUCUCUCUCGGGGAUAGAUGUUCGGAUCAAAUUUCAGAAGGAAGCUUUAGAGACAAACAUAUUGUUCCCACCCUGCCUUUACAGUGCUCCUAUAACUUCUGAAGGGAAAUUUUGAAGUUGGCUUUUGUGGAGCAAAAACAAGUUUUGAAGAAUGUUUCAUAUUGAACAUUUUAGCUUUGUGAAAAACCAUUUCUGAUCUAUGUGAAGAUCAUCAUUCCACAGAGAGGAAAGUUGUUCAUGAGUGGAAAACAACCCAGAUUUCAGACUCCAAGGAAUCCCAGUAAAUUCCACCAUCAGUCAACAUUAAGAGAAACAAAAACAAGAAAUCUAUUUCAGACUGCAGGUAUUAGAUAAUAUAUCAGAUUAUAUGAAUGUUCAUAGCUGAACAAUGAGAAAAAGACUGAACUAAUGUGGCAGAUGAUCAUGAAAUUUUGUGUGUUGGGUACUUUCUCCUUCCACAGCUUAAAAUGUGUUGCGUUGAGUUCAGUUUUAUGUCAUGUUAUAAUGUUAUUCUCUCAUUAAAAACAUGCUUUG